AGUGACAGUGAGUUAGAAUUAUUUUCUUUGAUAGUGCCACAUCAGUCAAUAUCCUCAAUUUCUGGAUAUUUUUAAAAAGAACAUCGAGAUUGCUAGAAAAUGGGAUCAGGACAAAGUGUCGAAAUUCCUGGAGGUGGUACUGAAGGAUACCACGUACUAAAGGUUCAAGAUAACUCGCCCGGACAAAAGGCUGGCCUGGAGGCAUUUUUCGACUUUAUUAUUGCAAUUGCUGGUACUAGACUGGAUCAAGAUAAUGAUAUGUUAAAGGAACUGUUGAAGCAGAAUGUGGAUAAGCCGGUAAAACUUGUCGUAUACUCGAGUAAAACUCAAAGUGUUCGUGAACUAACGUUGACUCCGAGCACUGGCUGGGGUGGUCAAGGCUUAUUGGGUGUAAGUAUACGUUUCUGUUCGUUUGAGGGUGCCAACGAACAUGUGUGGCAUAUUUUGGAGGUGUAUCCAGACUCUCCAGCUCAAUUGGCUGGUCUGAGGGCCUACUCAGAUUAUGUCAUUGGUGCUGAUGCUAUUCGUCAUGAAAACGAUGAUCUAUUUACUUUGAUAAUGACACAUGAACAGCAACCUCUAAAGAUGUAUGUAUACAAUAUUGAUGAUGAUGCAUGUCGAGAGGUAACGAUUAAGCCCAAUUCUAAUUGGGGAGGAGAAGGAGCCUUGGGAUGUGGCAUUGGUUAUGGUUAUCUUCAUCGUAUACCGCUUCAAGCUGGAAAUCCGGGUACUGUUGCUCAGCCACCGAAAAGUAUACCUACUGCUGCGCCAACAAUACCACCAUCUGUAACCACACCUGUGGUACCAGCUACAGCAGCGACCACUGUAAUUGCUCCAACAUUGCCAUAUGUGCCUCCAUUGAGCAAUACAUUUGCUAGUACAUCGGCUGCAACGGUAACACCAUCCACAACACAGCAGCAGCAGCAACCACAGCAAAGUGUAUUCAAACAAUACUUUAAUCCCGAUGAUAAUACGCCUGAACUGAUAACAACUCCUGAGGACCCGGCUCAAAGCAAUGCCAAGCAAAGUGACCAAGUUCCUGUGGAAACACAAAACAAUCCUGCUGCACAGAUUGCCACAACAGCUGCUCCUGAAAUAAAUCCCCAAAGUGUGGCGCCUGUCUUUGCACCCUUCCCUGAAGCAGUGCAUGUUUCUAAUCCUUCGAUUCCAGCGAUGCCAGUUGCAACUCCAGCUACAACCUUACCACCACCGUCGAAUUUAUACAUACCUGGAGUAAUUGAAGCACCCACGACCACGAACCUAUCGAACAUACAACUCCCAUACCCCCAAGCCACUGCUCCCCAACAACAACAACCCCAAAUACCUGCAAAUAUGGGUAUGCCACAGACCACGGUACUUGAUAUGUCAUCUCCGGCUGCUCUAUCUUAUCCAGCGGCUCAAACUAUUCCCAGCUAUCCCCAGAUGCAGCCAUCAAUGGGUGGCCUUUAUCCAGCACAACCAACACCUAUGCCUCCACAAAUGGCUUCAUACAUUCAAAAAUAGAAAGUAGAUAAAAAUGGAGCUGUCGGUUAUUUCUCUUUAUGUUUUUCUCUUUUUAGUUUCCAAUUUACCAUGGUAUUUCGUCAUCUGUUGGUAUAAGUCUGGACGAAAAAGAAAACGUUGAAUCAUUUUCAUAUAUUACCACUAAAGAUAACAUUGCAAUAUACGUUUUAUAAUUUAUAUAACAAAUAUAUGUCUAUCGUCGUUAUACCAGAAAGAAAGUAAA